AUGAUUGACAAGGCUACAGCAAGGGAGGAGGCGGGCGGGGGCGGAGCCGGCUCCGGCGCGGGGCCAAUCCCGACGGGCGGCGUGGUUCUCCCGGGUGGUCCCGGCCCCGCCCCAGCUCCCAGCGGCUCCAGGCUCCCGGCUCUGGCUGAGAGCGCAGGGGGCGGGGCUCCGCUUGACAGUGGCAGCGGCUGGGUGAGAGGAGGGGAGCCGCGAAGGAAAGGGGAGUCAGCUCCUGCCGCGUCUGGCCGAGGCUCCCGCACUCGGCGGCGGAGGUGGGAGGCAGCGGCAGCGGCAGCAGCAGCAGCGGCGGAGGCAGCGCGGCGGCGGCGGAGUCUUCGCGGAGCUGGCGCGGUGCUGGCGCCCAGAGCGCAGCGGUGGAUGCGGAGGAGCCGCGCAGCGCACGCGAUGCUAAGGCCGUCCCUGCCCGCCUGCCACUGACCUGGCCCCUUCUAAAGGACGAAGAACAAACUAAAUGCAUCUCAGAAUGAUCAUAAAUCUUCAAGACGGAGUAGCUUGCCGCCAGAGUUG